AUGCCUCCUCGAACGCGGUCUGCACCGGAUGCGAGUGAACCGCGGCAGACGCGGUCGCACACGAAGGGAGUUCAGAAAGUUUCGACUGCCUCAGAAUCGCGUCCUCGCAACUCCGCGAAGAAGAAGAAAGAUGUCUCUCCACCAAAAGAUGAAGGUCACCCAGCCACAGAUGGAUCAAAGCAAAAGAGCUCUCGUACGAGCAAAACUACUGACGUGGCCGAUGAAGAAGCUGCGGAGUCGGUUGCGCAACGUCAAGGGAAGGCGAAGCUACCGGCGAAGAGGGACACUAAGGCCGGGAGGACAUCCCCUUCCGACUCCGACGGUGGUGAUGGCAAGUCUGUGGCACCAGCGAGCGAGGAUGACGGCAUCGAUGCACCCAGCAACAAUGACAAGGACACGAAUCUCAACUCAGCAGAGCCAGAUGCUCACGCGGCCGCCAACCUGCACAGAUCGGUUGAUGAGGCUGAUGCGUACAACGAGGACGAGAGCAGUGAAGAGCCAGCCGGCGAUGAUGGACUUCAUGAGGAACAUGGAAGGACAGAUGUAGACAGAGGUGGAGACCGAAGAGUGCCCAACACUGAAGACUCGGAGGACGGCGCCAUUUACAGUGACACUCAAACCAUCGAUGAACCCAUGCCCGGGAAUCGCGACCGCAAGUUGGUGCUACGCAAGCCGACAAGAGCGAACCAGCCAUAUGUUAUGCUCCCUAAGCUACGUGACAUAAGACGCGAGCAGGACACGACCCAUGAUGCCAUCAGGAAGCAGCAGCCUCAAGGACAAAUUCCAGACGAUAGUAUGUCUGAUGGUGGCUCGGACGGGGGCUUUGCACUGUCAUCAGAAGGCGGUAUUGACUCCGUGCACAGUGGUGCUGAUGGACAGAAUGUUGCUACAAGCCGAGGUCAAGAAGAUUAUGAUAUGUCGGAGUACUCGGGUAGCGACUACAGUGAGACGAAGAAGGUCGAGCUGAUGAGACGCGAGAACCGUCUGCGACGUCGUCAAGAAGAUGUUAAUACUGAGCAAGAUGAUGACUUACUCGACGAGGAGAUGGUGGAUGACGUUGUCACCGAACUUGAAGUCCAUGGACCGCACGCACGCACCCUUGAAAAGCGGAAUGAUCUUCGCACGCACAGCCGGACCGUUCGUGGCAAGGGGAAGCAGCGCGUUGUGCAGCUUGAUGAGGCUGAAGAGAUUGCUGAACGAGAGGCCGUGGCUGGUGGUGCCAAUUGGCAGAAGAGUACGGGUCCGUUCUCGAAGCAAGCAAGGGCUGCCGCGGUCACCUUUGGAGAGGUCGUAAUGCGUGAGGCUGAGAACCUUGCACGGAAGCACGGCAAAUCCACCCGGGACGUCCUGAUCCUCGCUGGAUUGUCGUUCAAGCCCUCGCGCGCUGCGAAUCCUGCUAACAAGUAUAGGCAGUGGUAUUCUUACCACCAUCCGAAGGCGGACAAUGUCACCACUGCAGACUACCUGAAGGAGGUUAAUACUACUUACAAGAAGAUGUUUGAAGGUGUCGACGGUCGAAAUGACGAGCAACGUGCGCUCGUCAUAAAGCCGAUUCUCGAUUUCUGUGACUCGAUCGAGAAGGAUCCCAGCCUGGCGAAGCACUCUAUGCAGUCCAUCACUGCUCGGAUGUUGAGUGCGAAGGACCAGUUUACCGCGUUGGCCGCUUCGUAUCGCAAUCUGGCUGACAUGGAAGUCGUGGGGGCCAUCUUAUACAUGGGAACUGAUGCUGGCGGACGGCAGACAUCCGCGAUUUUUGGUGGGUCUUCCGCAGUGAAGCGGUUGAUCGAAGAUAAUCAAGUGGAUGUACGGAAGAUGGUGGACGAUCUUACCACCGCCAUCAAGGCUGUCAAUCUCAACGAGGGAGGUUUCUCGCUGCCGUCGUCAUUCGGUCGGGUCGACGUCAAUGCUCAGGGAAAUGAAGCACCGCGUGAUCGUUUCCGUCGAGUGUUCACGGCCAUGAUGCAGCAGAACUUGCAUACGUUGUCAUUUCCCCUUCAAUCUUACUGUACUCAUCAUAGUUAUACAGAGAAAUUUGAGGAGGCCGCCACGAAAUGCGUUCGCUGGAAAGACUGGAUGAAGACGGCAUCGACAUACAAGCUCUGCAUCGUGGACUGGCCGCCCGCUAUUCUCGCCCCGGGCCCCGACUUCGAGUUCAGGAGCUUGAAUGCCGCCGAGUUGAAGGUCCUCACCGAUGGCUUCAUUGAGGCGCGCCAGAAAGGGAGAACAAAUAUCCCAAUACCGCGCAUAAUACGAUGGGAUCAAGCUGACAUCGACCUACCGGAUGACGAUCCGUGCAAGGGUCUCGUCACCUUGGUGAAGGACACCAAGGGUAAUAGGCUAAGAGUCCUCCGUGACGUUGCCGGUUGGGCCAGGAUUGUCGCGCGUGCUGCUCCGAAGGGUAGGUGUCGCCAUGUCAGCCCUGUGGCUCUACCUUCGUCAUCUGAGUCUGAGGAGCUGCCAACCCCUAAUGUCCGGCCGGUGCGAGGAUUGCCACCUAGAGCUAGAAGUGUGGUUCCUGCCAGGACCAUCAAUACUGACAUUGCACCGCCGCGCAAAUGCCGUCGUGAAGCUUCAUCCGACGGGUCGGACAUUGAGGAGAUCUCGCCGACAUGCAAGACACUCGGACAUAAGCCCCAAAGUAUUCAAGGCUACGAGGGUCCAGCUCACAGCAACAAUCUGCAUAUUAUGGCCGGAGCUCGGAUGGGUGAGGCUUCCGAUUAUCUCGCACCACCUGGCCAAGUGUUCCCGUUGCCACAAGAUGAACGAUUCGGUGGCGGCGCCCAAUAUCCUCACCAGGUACCCCCUCACAACUCUCUGGUCGGACCCGCUCGCCCUCGAAUUCCAUCGGCGGCCUCGUCGCACAAUGAUCAUGUGCCUUAUUCAUAUGCAGAUCAAUAUUCCUCGCGCCUGCCCCAACAACACCUGCGAUCCGUACAAGGUCUUCCGCCUUCGCCGCAUUGGCCUCGGGCUCCUACGUCACAGCUGCAUGCAUCUCAUCGUUCGCAAGACUUCGAUGCAGCGGGGAACGGCCAGUGUCGUCGCGAUGACCAGUCCACGUGUGCGUCUGGCUCCAGGCCAUCUGCGGGUACCUCAGGUGCACUUCACAGUGCUCAGGCGGACACGUCGCGUGCCCACCGUGUAGCCACUUCUUUGCGCGAAUCUGAGCCUGGGCCAUCUCGCAGGGUGGAAGUUGCUCACCCUCGUCAACGCGUGGUAUCUCCCAUCUAUGACAAGGGUGGUUAUGAUGACUAUGGCGACUUAUUUGACGGUGAUGAUAAAGGUAAUGACCGGUACCAUGAAUGCUAG